UGCUGGAGUUACUGUCAGUCUCCUCAGACGGGUUCAGGUCUACAGACGGGUUCAGGUCUACAGACGGGUUCAGGUCUACAGAGAGUCUACAGACGGGUUCAGGUCUACAGACGGGUUCAGGUCCUCAGACGGGUUCAGGUCUACAGACGGGUUCAGGUCUACAGACGGGUUCAGGUCUACAGACGGGUUCAGGUCCACAGACGGGUUCAGGUCCACAGACGGGUUCAGGUCCACAGACGGGUUCAGGUCCACAGACGGGUUCAGGUCCACAGACGGGUUCAGGUCUACAGACGGGUUCAGGUCCACAGACGGGUUCAGGUCCACAGACGGGUUCAGGUCUACAGACGGGUUCAGGUCCACAGACGGGUUCAGGUCUACAGAUGAAGCUGAUGAAGAUGAUCGUGGUCCUCGUCCUCUCUGGUGUCCUCUGUGUCUCAGCUGAAGGUCUACAUCAGGACAUUCAUAUCCUCGGCUGUUCAGAGGUUGAUGGAGAAUUCAUGUAUGGACUGGAUGGUGAAGAGUUGUGGUACGCAGACUUCAAGAACAACAGAGGAGUCGAUCCUCAGCCCAGUUUUGUAGAUCAUAUGAGCUACCCAGAAGGAGUUUUAGAAUCUGCUAAGGCUAGUCUACAGAUCUGCAGAACGAACCUUCAGAAUCAUCGUGGAGGCUUCAAGGACCUCCCCCAGGAGAAGGAUGCUCCGUCCAGUCCGAUGAUCUACACUCAUGACAACGUGGAUCUGGGACAGGAGAACAUCCUCAUCUGUCAUGUGACUGGGUUCUUUCCUGCUCCUGUUAACGUCUCCUGGACAAAGAACGGAGAGAAGGUCACCGUAGGAACCACCAUCAAUGUUCCCAUGAUCAACAAAGACGGAACCUACAACCAGUUCUCCACACUGAAGUUCACCCCACAGCUGGGAGACAUCUACAGCUGUGAGGUGGAACAUCUGGCCCUGGAGCAACCACUGACCAGAAUCUGGGAUGUGGAGGUGGAGCUGAAUGUUUCUGUCUCCAGAUGUGGAGGUGAAGCUGAAUGUUUCUGUCUCCAGAUGUGGAGGAGUGAUUGGUGUCUCUGUGUGUUUUCUGUGUCCAGAUGUGGAGAAGCCUCAGCCCGGUAUUGGCCCAUCAGUGUUCUGUGGACUGGGUCUGACGGUGGGUCUGCUCGGUGUGGCUGCUGGAACCUUCUUCCUCAUCAAAGGAAACGAGUGCAGCUGAUUGGUUGGAGCUGAUGAUGUCAUCACCUGGUAUAUAGUUAUCUAUAGUAAUAUCACUGCUGUCUCUCUCACUGUUUAACAGCUUUCCUUCAUUCUUUGCUGCAGAUUAAAUCCAGUUUACUCAUUAAACUGAUAAAUGAUCAAAUAUAUUCACUGAAAUGAUGCUGAAAUAAAUAAAUAAAGAUUCUGUCUUCCAGAUGUGUUGAACAUG